AUGAUUCGUCUCUCGACUGUUCUCGUCGUUCUCAUGCUCUUUUCCGAUUUGUUCGGAUACUCAUCUCCCCUUGUUCCAAAACCGGGUCGGAUGAUUCGGAAAACUGCUCUGACCGACAUUCACAUCUAUGGGAGUAUAACCUGCAAAUAUGGAUCAGGUCCAGCUAUUACUUUCAUUCAACUUUGGGAGCAAGAUCUAUUUGAAGACUGGGAUGACCAUUUGCCAGAGACAGUAUUUCUGGAUCAGACCACCUACCCAUUCAAGUACGAUGUCAAGGGUACCGUUGAUGGGGAUGAAUUUCCAUCACACACCUACGAUUUUUACCUGUGGGCCGAACACAACUGCACUUCUGACCGUCACACUGUAAGAAGUAAAGUAUAUGACUUCUCAUGGUCGACAAGCCAAACAUCUAUCGGUUUGGGCGUGUCAUUCCGGCUGUCUGACUAG